AUGGCGGGAAUGAAAUUUGAGUAUGACGAAAAUGGUGGUAAAUUUUAUUAUUUUUUAUUAUCAUUUUAUGCAUUAGUACUUAUUCCAACCACCUAUUGGCUAUGGCCGAAACAAGAAAAACGACGAACAACAUUACAUCCAGAAGAUAAAUCAAAUUUUUCACCAUGUCGCAAUAAAUAUCAAUUGUUAAAUGCUGGUGAACCACUUAAACGUUUUCAAUUAAGAGCAGUUAAAUUUAUUUUUAUUAUUGCAUGGAUUAUAUUUGUUAUAUUAGCUUAUCGUGUAUCAUUAAUUGAACUUGAACACAAAGAUUAUGAUCCAUUUUCUAUACUUGGAGUUGACAGAGAAGCAGCCGUAGCUGAAAUUAAACGUGCUUAUCGUGAAUUAAGUAAAAAACAUCAUCCUGAUCGUGGUGGUGAUGCAGAACAGUUUAAAGAAAUUGCUAAAGCUUAUAAAGCAUUGACAGAUGAAGAAGCUAAAAAUAAUUGGAAAUUGCAUGGUAAUCCAGAUGGACCAGGAGUAACUCAUUUUGGCAUUGCUUUACCAAAAUGGCUUGUUGAUCAUAAAAAUUCUGUAUUUGUUCUAUUAACAUAUGCUGGAAUAUUUAUGAUUGUCUUACCAGUUGUUGUGUGUGUUUGGUGGCAAAAAUCAGCACGUUAUGCCGGUGAUCAUAUUCUUAUUGAAACAGCACAAUUAUAUUAUAUUCUACUUGGACGAACACCAAAUAUGAUCGUUAAACGUGCCUUGAUGAUAUUGGGUUCAUCAAUGGAAUUUGAAAAAACUCGAAAUCCAGCUAUUGUUGAACGUCCAAGUGAUAAUGUUGAAUUACCUAAAUUAAUGAAAGAUUUACAAGAUGUACAAGAAAAAACGAAAGAACGUCCAUUUCAAUUUCCCUAUAGUUUAAAAGCACGUGCUCUACUACAUUCUCAUCUUCAACGUAUAACAAACUUAAGUGAAAAUUUAGAAAAAGAUAGAAGAUAUGUUGUGAAAAGAUGUCCAUAUUUAAUUAACGAAAUGGUUAGCAUUGAAGCACAACUUGUCGCUAUGGCACAUGCUGGAAGACUUUCUCAUCCGCCCCGUUUGGACUCAAUUGAAAAUACAAUGAAAUUAUCACCAAUGAUCGUUCAAGCACUAUGGAAUACAAAGAGUCCACUGUUACAACUUCCACAUAUAACAGACAAUCAUUUAAGAUAUUUUGAAUCCAAAAAGCGUACAAUCAAAUCAAUCAAACAAUUUGCUGAAAUGGAUAAUGAACAACGUCGAUCGAUGUUGAGAAGUAUAACUGAUGAACAAUAUGAUGAAAUCAUUAGCGUUUUAGAAAUAUAUCCAUAUAUUACAAUAACAGUCAAACUAGAAGUUUUUGAUGAUGAGAAUGAACAUUUAGUCACAACCGGCGCUAUUGUAACAUUAACUGUGAGGCUUAAAAGGGAGAAUAUGGCAGUUUUAUUUAACAAAGAGCAACAGACUUCAAAUGAACAACAUCAUAAUCUAGUAGAAAAUCAACAACAAGACGAUGAAAAUGACAAAGAUAAGGAAAAAAUAGAACCCAAGCAAAAAGGAUGGACCAAUAAACAAUCAAAGAAAAAGCCCAAAGAAAAAACAGCCAAACAAAAAAAGAAGCCGAUGACACCUCAAAAUAAAACAUCAUCAACAUCUCCUACCGUCGCUCCUUCUUCUCCGGCUGGCACGACUGUAACCACGUCAAAAAAUUCAUCAGCAAAAAAUGCCAAAGGAGAUACUAACCAAAGAGAUUCAAGUGAUGACGAAUCAUCAAAGUCUUCGGAUGAGUCACAGUCAGCUGCUAAUAAUAACCGUGAUGAGAAAACAAGUGAUCAGAAUGAAAGUGAUGAAGAGCAAAAUGAACGCGAAACGUCAACCACAACUGUAUCUAAACGGACGAAUAAAACUCAAGCGCGAUCAACAGCGACAACAACAUCAAAUGUUGAAGAAGAUACAUUUUUAGAAAAAUUUCAACAACAACAACGAAAACGUGAAAAAUUAGAAACAAAAGCAAAAAUUAGUCAUCGUGCAUUUUGUCCUUUUUUCCCAGAAAUAAAACAAGAAUGUUGGUGGCUUUACGUUGCCGAUAGAAAACAUCAUUCUUUGAUAAGUGCACCAGUCUAUCUUUGCACAUUAAAAGACGAAGAAGAAAUUGAAGUGAAAUUUUCUGCUCCUAAAACACCUGGUCAAUAUGUAUAUUCUGUUGUUCUAAAAUCUGAUUCCUAUUUUGAUGUUGACGCGUCAGAAAAUCUAUCACUUGACGUUCAAGAAGUUAAAGAACCAGCGGUACUUGAACAUCCUCAAUGGAACUUUAGUGAAGAAGAAAAUGGCCCGAAUCCAAAAGAAAAUGACGAUGAAUUCGGAACGGAAAGUGAUUCAGACGAUUAG